CUUCCUUCAGUGGCUGAAUUUACCACCUGUUUCCUUUUCAGGCUUCUAGUUAGUGCCUCCCAGGAUGGCAAACUUAUAAUUUGGGACAGCUAUACUACAAACAAGGUGCAUGCUAUUCCCCUGCGUUCGUCUUGGGUCAUGACUUGUGCAUAUGCGCCUUCUGGAAACUACGUGGCUUGUGGUGGUCUUGAUAACAUCUGUUCCAUUUAUAACUUGAAAACUCGUGAAGGGAAUGUACGUGUCAGCCGUGAGCUAGCUGGGCAUACAGGAUACUUGUCAUGCUGUCGUUUCUUGGAUGAUAAUCAAAUUGUUACCAGCUCUGGCGACACCACUUGUGCUCUCUGGGACAUAGAAACUGGUCAGCAGACAACUACAUUUACUGGGCACACUGGAGAUGUCAUGAGUUUGUCUCUGGCUCCUGAUGCUCGGUGUUUUGUUUCUGGUGCCUGCGAUGCCUCUGCCAAACUGUGGGAUGUUAGAGAAGGAAUGUGUCGGCAAACCUUCACUGGCCAUGAGUCGGACAUCAACGCCAUCUGUUUCUUCCCCAAUGGCAAUGCAUUUGCAACAGGCUCGGAUGAUGCUACAUGCAGGCUUUUUGAUCUUCGGGCUGAUCAGGAACUUAUGGUUUAUUCACAUGAUAACAUCAUCUGUGGCAUCACCUCUGUAGCAUUUUCCAAGAGCGGACGUCUCCUCCUAGCUGGUUACGAUGACUUCAACUGCAAUGUUUGGGAUACGCUGAAAGCUGAUAGAGCAGGUGUCCUUGCUGGUCACGAUAACCGUGUCAGUUGCUUAGGUGUGACUGAUGAUGGUAUGGCAGUGGCAACAGGAUCAUGGGACAGCUUCCUCAAGAUCUGGAACUGAAAAGAGUGGCGGACUCCGUGACUGGAAGAAGUUUCCAACGAUUGAAAAUUAAAAAUGAUAGCAUAUUCAAUCCAACUAUACUAACUUGGACCCCCAUCCUCCCCAACUUCAAAGGGCAAGAUCUUUUCCGUCUCCUGUUGCUGAAAUUGAAGAGCACAAUUACCUUUCCAAGAAGAAUUUCUGUGUUGUAAGCAAAAUGAAAUAGUGCAUUCCUUUUGGGACCAUUUUUUUUUUUUUUCUGUCUUGAGAAAUUUAAAAAUCAAACACUAUCAUAAAAGCAUGACCAGAAAAUAAACUUGAGCAUAAUUGUGAAACAGUUAGCUUUCACUGUAGUUUCCAAGUUGAAGUUAAGGACUUUAUCUCACACACUUGCAAAUUUUAAAGUCAUGUUUGUAGCGGGAUUUUUUUCAAGUUUCCUUUUUAAAUACAUUUGUUUAUGUAUUUAAUUGAGCAAAACAAGGGAGUCCUAGCCCAGAGCAUCUGGGGGUUGUUAACGAUGUAAAUUUAGUCCCUACUUUUUUUAUUUUAUUUUCUAGUAUCACAGAUAAUUGUUGCACAAAACUUGGCAUAUAUAGGAUAAUGUUAAGCAGUAAGGUAACCAAGCACAUGCUGUUCAAGGUAAUGAAUGCUUGUUUAAAGAAUCCUUUCACAUUUUAUGGAUAACAAAUGCAAUCCUUGGUCCCUCCUACCCCCUCUUUUCACCACACUGAUUUUUUUUAAUCUGUUUUGGUUUUGUCCACUUGAAAGGGCAGUUUAUAUAUCCUAACACUAUCCUGUAGUCUCAACAACCAGGAAUCUCUGUUUUCAAAAGAGACCUAUCCUACACUUGGGUAUUGAGUCAAUUCUUUGUGUAUGAAAUGAUGUACAAAUCAAUGUUUUGAAAAUAAUGAUCUUGAACUUUCUAAGUUAAACAAAAAAAAAAAUCUUUUUUGAUUGUUUGCCAUAUUGGGUGGGUUUACUCUUAGAAUCGCAUGCUGUAGAAAUGCUAAAAAGUGCAUAUUGGACUAAGUCCUUAGAUGUUUUUUCUUUGAAAAAAUAACCUGUUUAAAAACUGUAACCAUUGUUGCUGUAUUCAUUUAUUGUUGCUACUCUGUGCAUAAAUCUAUGAAGAACUCAAGUAAAAAGCUAUGCACGUUUUGGAGUAGCGUGGUAAGUCACCUUUUUUUUU